CGUCUGCACCGCUGCACAAACAACACGUCACUCCGGCCACGCCUGCUGACGAACGUCGGUUCGCCAAAGAUCAAAAUGGGGAGAACGUUCCGACGAGGACGUUUCAAAAAAUGACCUUGUCGUGUGAUUCCUGCCCCGGUGUGCUCCGGUAAUAUUUCCUUUACGAUACGAUUGAUGACGUAUUAUCCUGCGGCUGUAGCCAUAAACACGAUGCGGGAUUGCUGGCGGGGUGUGUAUAAGUUAACCCCCCCCCUCUCUUGUGAAGUGGUAUCGCCUGAUGUACUUCGCCAGGCUGGCCGAGACGGGCCGGGCUGAUCAGACAGACCGAGCAGAGGGGCUACGGAACAGGAGGCUCGGCGUUACUGUGAUGGUGUAAAGAAAAACAACAAUAAAUGCCAAAUAACGAUUGACAUAACACGUGUACGUCAACAUUCUAGCGUUGUCGCUGGCUACCAUAUCACUUAAGCGAUGUCAACCCCGGCAAGAAGACGUCUUAUGAGAGAUUUUAAACGGCUACAAGAAGACCCCCCAGCUGGUGUCAGUGGUGCCCCAUCUGAAAACAACAUUAUGGUGUGGAAUGCUGUCAUAUUUGGACCGGAAGGAACACCUUUUGAAGAUGGUACAUUUAAACUCACCGUAGAGUUCACAGAGGAAUACCCUAACAAACCCCCCACAGUACGAUUUGUGUCCAAGAUGUUCCAUCCAAAUGUUUAUGCAGAUGGCAGUAUAUGUUUGGACAUCCUACAGAAUCGUUGGAGUCCCACAUAUGAUGUAUCUUCUAUUCUUACUUCUAUCCAGUCCCUGCUUGAUGAACCGAACCCCAACAGUCCAGCCAACAGUCAGGCAGCUCAGCUUUACCAGGAAAAUAAGCGGGAGUAUGAGAAGCGUGUGUCGGCCAUCGUAGAACAGAGCUGGAGAGACAGUUGACCACCUUAUCUUCAUAGUUACUCUCUUUCCAAUGUUGAGCUGUGUGCUGCAAGUUUUAGUGGAGUACCUCUUAAUAUUUUUUUUUCUGGACCCCUCACAUUUUUGAUUUUAAGCACUUUACCUUCACCUUCCGUUCAUAGAAUGCCCCCCUCCCUUUUUUUUUUUUUGGUCAAUUAGGGGAAUUAUGUGCUGAAUCCCAUCUUUUUCAAAUCUGUUCAUAUGGACUGUUUUUGGCCAUCUGCUAACAAUGGUUGUGUGUGUGUGUGUGUGUGUGUGUGUGUGUGUGUGUGUGUGUGUGUGUGUGUGUGCUAUCUUGCUGUAAUAAUUUUCCUGACUUAAUAUGUGAAAUGUUUUUGGAUGAUAAAUCCACAAGUCACAAAAGGGUCCUUUUUCAGUCUGCAGCCCCGACUUUUUUUUUGUCUGGUUCAUUAUCCCCAAGCAGUUUCUGUGCUCCAGUUGGAUUAGUCGUCUUUCCCUGGCAAAAUUUGCAGCCCGAACAUCUUGGACUAGAACUUGAUCUGGCCCACAUCUUUAAACCAUGUCUUUGCUGUGUUGUGAACUGUUACAUGCAUGACAGAAAGUGUAUUCACGUUCCUGUUCAGUACUAUCGUUCCUGUUCAGUACUCAUGUAUAUAUAUAUAAAAAAAAAAUUCAUCUGAAUUUAUGUACAGAUUUUGCACUGGUUGUCCCCUGUCAUUUUUUUCAGCACUUGUAAAUAAAAAACAAAAAAAAGCCAACUUAGACCUUUUGAAAAUUUUCUAAGAAAGUCCCGGUUCGGUGUCAGUGGCUAACGUUUCAUUUCUUUCCCAUUUUCUACCAGCCGAUUUUUUUUUAUGAUCAUAAGUAGCACAUAAUCUAACAUUUGAAGACACUCAACGCAAGGAAACCACUAAGAUUCAAGUGUGUUGCGCCUUCGUCAGCACGAAAAACGUGGGACGACCAACUAGAAGAGUUCAGAGUGCAGAUCCCCGCCACGUGCAUCG